AUGUUGGCUGGAAGAAAAGGAUGCGAUGAUGCCCCGCAUAAAAAGCUAUCACUUUUGAAGAAGGCCCUGUUCCUCGGCCUUUGCCUGGUGGCAUUCACGAUGGUUGGGUUGGCAUUAUAUCUGGAACAUCGACAAGACAACCAGAAUUCCCUCAAAGAGCACGAAUUACAGAUUCCGGAGGAGUGUGGAGAGUCACCGUCCGAGGCCCGUGAACUAGAUUGUGUUUUCGACAUCAUCAUCAUGGGCUGGGUUCCAUGGCGGUGUUACGAUGCGGAUCUGGCGGCGGAGUUCCUGAAUCGUGAUGACUGGGCGUUCUACCGCACGCCCAACACGACCGGUCCAGAGAUGCCUAUAAGUGAGAUCCUCAGUGGCGAAUGGGACGAGGUCUUUGUUAACUACAGGUACCACGUGGUUCAUUGCACCUACACGUGGAGGAAGACGCAGCGUGCUGCCAUGAGUGGGAUGAUUUUGGAUGGCUACGUUGCUGAUUCGCAUCACACGAAUCACUGCGAGAUGAUGCUCCUACACGAACCACUAGCGGAGAACAGUGCCUAUAUCAAGUAUGCGAGCUGUCCUCGGGUUCGCGUAGACAGUGGCAGAUUUGGAUGGUAUAGGAUGCGCGGAGGCAACAAGACUUACAGACAACCAUAG